AUGACGGCAGCACAGACAGUAGCACAGGCCGACGAAGCCAUCAAGGCAGGCAAUCCGCAAGAAGGCGAGCGCAUCCUCAAAUCCAUCCUCUCGAAUCAGUCCGCCACCCCCGACGAUGCUGUCCUCAAAGAGCAGGAAGCGGCGCUGCUCCGUCUCGGAGAGCUCUACCGCGACACUAAGAAUUCCGACGCGCUUGCAGAGACAGUGCGCUCCUCACGCACGUUUAUGAGCUCCAUCGCCAAGGCCAAGACGGCCAAGCUGGUGCGCACGCUCAUCGACUACUUUGGCAGCAUCCCUGGUAGCCAGCAGACGCAGAUUCAAGUCACCAAGGAGAACGCAGAAUGGGCCAAGUCCGAAAAGCGGAUCUUCUUGAAACAGAACCUCGAGACCAAGCUCAUCGGACUCUAUUUCGAGAACAAGAACUACCGCGAAGCGCUUCCACUCAUCGACACGUUGCUUCGAGAGCUGAAGAAGCUGGACGACAAGAUGAUCCUGACGGAAGUCCACCUGCUCGAGUCCAAGGUCAACCAUGCCAUCUCCAACCUACCCAAAGCCAAAGCGGCGCUGACAUCGGCGAGAACAGCGGCCAACUCGAUCUACUGCCCGCCCACCCUGCAGGCGCAGCUCGACAUGCAAGCCGGCGUCCUCCACGCCGAGGACAAGGACUACACCACCGCCUACUCGUACUUUUUCGAGACGCUCGAAGGGUUUGCGCUCCAAGACGACCCACGUGCGCCCCUUGCACUCAAAUACAUGCUUCUGUGCAAGAUCAUGCUCAAUCUUUCGGAGGAUGUCAACAGCAUCAUUGCAGGGAAGCACGCGACCAAGUACGCCGGUCGAGACGUCGAGGCGAUGAAAGCCGUCGCCAAGGCUCACGAGGACCGAUCGCUGGAAGGAUUCGAACAAGCCCUCCGCACGUACAAGGAUGAACUUUCGAACGAUCCCAUUGUCAAGAACCACCUCUCGGCACUGUACGACACGUUGUUGGAGCAGAACCUGCUGAGGGUCAUCGAACCGUAUUCGAGGGUCGAGAUCGCCCAUAUCGCCAAGGAGGUGAGACAGCCGGUGCGGGAGGUCGAGGUGAAAUUGAGUCAGAUGAUUUUGGAUAAGGUGUUCCAUGGCAUUCUGGACCAGGGCGCAGGUUGUCUGGUGGUGUACGAACAGCCCCAGGAGGAUAAGACGUAUCAGGUGACGUUGGAUACGUUGAAGCAUGUGGGCAACGUGGUGGAUUCGCUGUAUAAGAAGGCGAACAAGCUGACGUAG